GUGAGAAUGAAGCAGGAAGUCCUGAGUCGUCCACAUCAGAAGUCCGCCUAAUGGACACUAGCUGCCUUUUUGUUGCUAGUAUAUUACACAAUGAAGAUAAAUGAAAAUACAUUACUGGAAGGGCAUCAAGUCAUCUUGGUGCCGUACAAUAUUGAGCACGUCCCAAGGUAUCACGAGUGGAUGAAGUCCACGGAGCUGCAGCAGCUGACCGCCUCGGAGCCCCUGACGCUGGAGCAAGAAUACGACAUGCAACGCAGCUGGAGGGAUGACAGUGACAAGUGCACUUUUAUCAUCUUGGACAAGCGUCAAUGGGCGGACCCCGGCAUUGAGGAGGAGCGAUGCAUGAUAGGAGAUGUUAACAUCUUCCUGACCAACCCGCUGGACCUGUCCCUUGGUGAGCUGGAGAUUAUGAUAGCAGAGCCCACCUUCAGAGGCAAAGGCAUGGGGAAGGAGGUGACACACAUGAUGAUGCAAUUUGGGGUCGCCAAACUCAACAUCCAAAGGUUUCAAGUGAAAAUCGGCCUGGACAACGAGGUCAGCAUCGCCAUGUUCAAGAAACUGGAGUUCCAAGAGGUGUCAGUGUGUCAGGUGUUCAAGGAGGUGACUUUGGAGAUGAUGGUGGAUGAGUGUGUUCGGACGAAACUGCUCAACUGUACCAGCCACAUGAAGGAGCGGGACUACAGAUUGAGCCGUAGCAGGGGAGCUGUGAUGUCCCAGACUUAAAGAAGGACAUGAAUGUCACCCAGAGGAGAUCAUCUCAACCCUCAGCGUUGAAGAAGACAAAGAGGCGUUUAAAAUCAAGCGGUUGUACAAAGAGCAACAAUUCCAUAGGAAGUGAAGAUGCCUCCCCCCAUCCUGGAUGACCAGAAAAUUUCUUUGAAAAAACAUACGGAGCGCACGUUUAGCUUUUGGAUGCUUGCGUGGAUUCCAGGAGGUCCUUGGCCGCAGCGGACAGGUUGUAGAGCAGCUGUGUGACCAUGCCCUCCUUCUCCUGGGCCCAGGACAGGCCAUGGUCCACUGCGAGGUUGAAGGCCACACACACCUCCUCCUGACGCAGGUCCAGCAGGCGGCAGAUGGCGGUGGCACUGGCCAGUCCGAUCAGCAGCAGUAGGAAGAGGAGCUUGAGGACAGACCACCGAGGUUUGGCGGCCGCUUCUGCCAUCAUCUUUUUGUCUGGCGCAAACCAGGUGUGUCAGCACGUGGACUCAUCAUGGACCUCCUAGUAUGUCGGAAUAAGACAACUCACCUACAGCCUGUCCGUUCUUCUUCUUGCUCUUCUUCUCUUCACUCCUCUUUUGUUGCUCCUGGACGGCGGCGGCGGUGGCGGUGGCGGCGGCAUUGGCGGACAUCUGAGCUUUAUACUCCUUCCUCCUCUUCUCCUUCUCCUCGGCCUUCUGCCGCUUGCGAGCUUCCUUCUCCCUAGCCUCCCUCUCCCUUUGCUUAGCCUCCUUCUUCUUCUCCAGCUCUGAUGGGAAGUGGUGUCAUCACAAAGAAAUAAACAGACGGGUGUGAGCAGGCAACUCUUGGCUCUUUUUGCGAACAGGAAGUUCACAGCCACUCGGGGCCAUAUGACAGGUUCAACGGUUCUCAUGCAUAGCCCGUAUUGGUACAUUUGCAUGGAAUCCCUGGUUACCAACCUUUUUCCCUCAAAAGGCGCUUUUCCCGUGCACGCUCGGCCUCCUCCUGAAGCAUCUGCAUGUGUUUCAGAACCUGACAGCAAAUCCAUGGUUACUAAACCGUUGCUAGUGUGCAACCAGGCUAGUUCUUACCCUGCCGGCACACUGUUUGCACUGCUUCUCAUCCAGACAAUCCCCCGCCGCUUUAGCCAGGCUGACCUCCAGAGGGUUGUCCUUCAGGUCCAACCACUUCAGACUCUUGAGAACAAAAGAAAAAGGCAUAAACAAUCUGGCCGUUUUGGGGCUGGCGUCACGUGACACUUGUUACGGACCCGCAGCUGACAGAAGCUAACAGGCAGGAUGCUCAGCUUGUUGUUGUACAAGUCCAGGUGCUGAAGGUUGACCAGGCUGCCCAGGUCAUCCGGUAAACAGGUCAGCUGGUUUUUACUCAGGUCCAGUUUCAUCAAGUGGGUCAGGUUGCAGAACUCUGACUUUAUGGACAACACUGAAAGUUUAGUUUGUGAGCAGAACAUCAAAUAAAAACAGCAACGGUUUGCAUAAGCACUGGCCAACGCCAUUCGCGGUGAAAUCACACAACACUCAGCAUAUACAACACUGAUCAUACUCAUUAUUUCAUAAACACCGCAACUAACCAUUUUUUUCUUAAUGACUUCAAUUGCUGCAAUAUUGGGUUAGCAGAUGGCCCACAUCAAUGGAUUGGUCCACAACAUAUCAGAACAGAGCCAGAACGCUGAUGUGUGAAUAUUUCCAAGAUGGUAGCUCUACUUUCAUGGUUGACUAAUUGUACAGUAUACACACCUGAUGAAUCCUAAGAGCAGUGUACAAAUAGCUAGAAUGUAACUUUAGCACAUCUGGAUCUUAAUGAGGUUUUAAGUAGAUCUACAAUCUGAAAAAAGCAAGAAGGGGAAGUGUGGAAAAAAGCAGUAAGUAAAGUAAUUUUGAAAAGAACAAUUCAAGUGAAAUAUGCUGUUUAUCAGCAAAAGUUGAAGACCGUGGCUCCAAAAAUGACCAAAAACGAUCCAAAGCAGAAGAACAAAAUGUCUGAGUAGGACUCAGUAAUGAGUAGCUCCAGCGUUCUUGUUCAUCACUUGAAACAUGGCUUCGGCCAUGCUUGAUGCCAGUGUUUCCAGGAGGCUACUGGGAACAUUGGUCUAAGUGGUGAACUU